AUGGUCAAACUCGCGCCUCCACCUUUCUUCCCUCUCCGCACUUCCAUACAACAGCCCUCGAAUGCUUACCAUCUCCAGGUAUCCAUCCGGACUUGUAUCUGCUGGUUGCAUAGGCUUGAUCUGGCUCGGUGUCGCGCGAGCUGCUGUCUCCGAUUUCUUGCCAGAGGUCUACGCAGUUGGUCGUCUGCAGAGGAGCUUGGUGUCUCGCGAACGGAUAGAAAAGCUCUUUGCAAUGCGCCUUUCGUGGUCCUGUUACUCUUGCGUUCAUGCAGUUCUGUCCCAGAACCACAGGACGCUCCGACGCCAUCCCUACCUAGAGCGCCUUCAUUCGACGAGAACGACUCGGUUGCCUUAAUUGAUCGCUCGACUUCGGCCGCGCGAAGCCGUCCCGACGACGGGCGACGUGGGGCGCGCUUGGUGCCGCGCGAUCGCCGCUUGAAGACCGCGCUCGGUGCCCCGCUCGUCCAGCAUCACCCCGAGCAACUUCGUUUCUCCCCGGAAUCUUGCCCAGACUCGCUCGCGGCCGCCCUUAAACGCCUCAAUCGUGGCUCAUCCUUGGUGGAAGUCGUGCUGUCAACGGUUUGCCCCACUUCUUUAGGGCCUAACGAUGCUAACAAAACGAUGGUCAGCGGUUCCAGGCCCCCGGCAGACGACGGACCCAAUGGGGAGGGUGCGGUCGUGGAGCGACUUCGACUGCUCUUCCUUCUCAGUUUGCGAAAGCUACAGCUUGCUUUCCCUAUUACUGACCGAGUUAUGCAGGUUUCUCCCCGGAAUCUUGCCCAGAAAGGCGUUCGUGAUAUGCUCUCGCUCGCGGCCGCGCUUGGGCGCACAAUCGUCGCUCAUCCUUGGUGGGAGUCGUGCUUUCAACGGUUUGCGCCGACUUCUUUCCCUCUGCGCUGA